AUGUUGCCGACGGCCCCCCUCGCCCUCGCCGCCCUGCUCUGGGGCGUGCCCGCGGGCGCCCUCAUGCGGCCGGCGGCGCCCGAGGCGCCCGCGCCGUGCCGCGCGGCGGUCUGGGGCGACCCGUGCCACGAGCAGGUGCAGCUCGCGAUGAACGAGGGCAUCGAGCGCAGCCCGCAGCGGCACGCAAACCUGAGCGCGGCAGCCACGUUCGAGGAGGUCCAGGCCUUCCCCCACGGCCUCGAGAGCUCCAGCGAGGCCCGCGCCCGCGGGGCGCGCGCGGCCGACGGCGUGCCGAGCGAGGGGGCGCCGCCGGCCCCCGUGCGGGAGGCGCGGGCGGAGCUGAAGCCGCUGGCCGAGGCGGGCUCGGCGGCCUCUGCGCGGCCCCGCAGCCCUGGAGCCAUGCAGCGCGGCGCCGAGCAGGAGGCGCCGGGGGCUUCCCAGCCGGCGCUGUCCUACGAGGACUAUGCCUCCGAGGCGGAGGUCGCGAGGGAGGAGCAGGUCGGGCCGACAGCGGCCAGGCAGUCCGAGACGCAGAGCACGGGCGAGAAGCUCCCCGACAUUUCUGCUGCCAUUGAAGACGUCUCCGGUGCCGUGAGGGCAAUCGAAGAAGACAUCUCUGCUGCCCUUGAGCCCAUCAGGGACGAGGUGCGGGACCUGAGCGGCCGCGUGAGGAGGCUGGAGGAGACGGCCGCCGCCGCGAGCGAGGAGGCGACGCAGCCCGCGGCGGAGGACUCGCCGCCGACGCGUAUGCCGCCGGAGACAGCCCGGCUGCGCGGCGACGAGCAGGAAGCGCUGGAGGCUUCCCAGCCAGCGCUGUCCUACGAGGAUUACGUCUCUGAGGCGGAGAUCGCGAAGGAGGAGCAGCAGGUCAGGCCGACAGCGGCCGGGCAGGAGCCUGAGACGCAGGCGCAAAUCGAGCCACUGGCCGAGUCGGGCACGCCGCCUCCGACAGCUCCAGCGGGGCCCCCCGCCGCAGCCUCGCAGGCCCCCAUCGCCACGCUGGGCGGGGCGGCGCCGCCGGCGCCCCAGAGCGCGGGGUGCUACGUGUGGCUGCCAGGAGGCUGCAGCAAGCGCCGCAUCCCCGCGAGCCAGCACUGGCGGAGGGACGUGUGGGGCGAGGCGCACGCGCAGGCGGGCCGGAGCGCGCAGGCGUGCCAGGCCCGCAAGCGCGCGUUCGACAACUGGUGCGGCGUGGCGGACGCCGUCAUGCUGCUGGCGGGCCAGGACGAGCCGACGGUGCCCGAGGGGCAGACGCAGAACACGGGCGAGCAGCUCCCCCAGGGGGCCCCUCGGCAGCCAGAGGAGCAGCAGCAGCAGCAGCAGCAGCAGCAGCAGGAGGACCCGUUCCUGGAGGACGACGAGCCGAGAGUGGCCGAAAGGCCGGCCGAGCAAGCGGAGCCGGAAUUUUCCGAGAAGCAGUCCGAGGCGCGGGACGAGCACGAGCAGCUCCCCGAGGGGGCCCCGGCACUCCCCAAUGGCACGGGCUGCUUCGUGUGGCUCCCCAGUGGGUGCAACAGCGCCCACAAGAUCCACGCGAAGUUCCAUUGGCGCAGGGACUGGUGGGGCGAGCGGAACGCGCGUGCAGGGGAGAGCGCUGCCGCGUGCAGGGCCCGCAAGCACAGCUUCGACAGCUACUGCGGCGUGGAGGACGCCGUCACGCUGCCGAUGCUGGCGACGCAGCACGCGGCGGAGGACUCGCCGCCGACGCGUAUGCCGCCAGAGACAGCCCGGCUGCGCGGCGACGAGCAGGAGGCGCUGGAGGCUUCCCAGCCAGCGCUGUCCUACGAGGAUUACGUCUCUGAGGCGGAGAUCGCGAAGGAGGAGCAGGUCAGGCCGACAGCGGCCGGGCAGGAGCCUGAGACGCAGGCGCAAAUCGAGCCACUGGCCGAGUCGGGCCCCCAGCGCCACGCUGGGCGGGGCGGCGCCGCCGGCGCCCCAGAGCGCGGGGUGCUACGUGUGGCUGCCAGGAGGCUGCAGCAAGCGCCGCAUCCCCGCGAGCCAGCACUGGCGGAGGGACGUGUGGGGCGAGGCGCACGCGCAGGCGGGCCGGAGCGCGCAGGCGUGCCAGGCCCGCAAGCGCGCGUUCGACAACUGGUGUGGCGUGGCGGACGCCGUCAUGCUGCUGGCGGGCCAGGACGAGCCGACGGUGCCCGAGGGGCAGACGCAGAACACGGGCGAGCAGCUCCCCCAGGGGGCCUCUCGGCAGCCAGAGGAGCAGCAGCAGCAGCAGCAGCAGCAGCAGCAGCAGCAGGAGGACCCGUUCCUGGAGGACGACGAGCC